AUAACCCAUCCCAUUCCAUCCACAGAUUGUUUACACAAGAAACCAAGUGUACUUCUCUCAUUGUCUACCCAUUCAAAACCUUUGAAUUUCCAUCUCGAAAGGGGCGAAAACCGAUGGCAAAAGGCGGAAAGCUAACCAAGAUCAAGUCGGUGAUAAAGAAAUGGAAUUCGUUUAGCAACGCCAAGCCGGCUAGUUUCACCAAAGACACUUGUGCACCCACUUCUGAUCAAGACUACCACAACAUGGACCAUUCUCAUGCUGUCUACGUAGGCAAGUCCAGGCGUCGCUACCUUAUAAGCUCUAAUGUGGCCCAACACCCGUUGUUCCAGGAGCUUGUGGAACGAUCAGGUGAUGGGGCAUCCGAUGUGACAAUUGAGUGCGAGGUCGUGUUAUUUGAACAUCUAUUGUGGAUGAUUGAAAAUGCUGACCCUCAAGCAGAUGCUUUACAUGAGCUAGUGGAUUUUUAUGCUUGUUGAUGUUUAUUUUUUCUAUACUAAUAUUAAUUCUUGUUAUACCAUUUAAGUUAUUUUCCUUUUGAUUUGAUCAAGUAUUCAAUCUAGUUAUCUAACCACCAAUCCAACAUGGUGUGAUCAUCACGUCUCCGUGUUUAUUAAAUCCAAAAUCCAACGUGUACUCUUGUUUAUUCCCAAAUGGGAUAGUUCUAGUCAAUCGACGACGAUCGUCGGGCUAUCAUCCAUCGUUUAAUUUAAUGUUUUAAUACUAUA